AUGGCUGCGCCUACUGAUUCUACAGAUAAUCUCUCCUCUGUGAAACAUGUUAUUCUCAUUCUCUCUGGCAAAGGGGGGGUUGGAAAAAGUACAUUGGCCACACAACUCACUCUUGGUUUGUUGAAAGCUGGCAAAAAGGUUGGAAUCUUGGAUGUAGAUCUUUGUGGUCCCAGCAUACCAAAAAUGUUGAACCUUGAAAACCGAGAUGUCCACAUGUACCCUACAGGUUGGCUGCCUGUGUACAUUGAUGACGAGAAACGGCUGGGAGUGAUGUCAAUAGCAUUUCUACUUGACAACAAAGACGAGGCGGUUGUCUGGAGAGGACCCAGAAAAACAGCAAUGAUUCGUCAGUUCAUCACAGAUGUCUGUUGGCAAGAUGUUGAGUACCUCAUCAUUGAUACCCCGCCAGGUACUUCAGACGAACAUAUAGCUGUGGUAGAAAGCCUGAAAAGCUACAAUCCAGAUGGCGCUAUUCUUGUCACCACUCCUCAGGAUAUUUCUGUGGGGGAUGUGAGACGAGAGGCCACUUUCUGCCAAAAAACUGGAAUUCCAAUUCUUGGAAUCAUAGAAAACAUGAGUGGUUUUGUCUGUCCAAAUUGUAAGGAAUGUUCCAAUGUCUUUUCAAAAGGUGGAGGAGAAGCCCUGGCCCGGGAACUAGGCAUUCCGUUUUUAGGUUGUGUUCCUCUUGAUCAGCAUCUUUCCAUGUCGCUGGAAGAAGGCAAAAACUUCAUUACAGAACAUUCUGAUUCUCCUGCUGUGAUGGCCUUAACUUCUGUAGUUGACAGACUCAUCCAAAUUGACAAAAACCUUUAG